AUGGGUUUUCAAACGGAAAUGGUCGUGAUGAGCAUCAAGGAGAUUGGGCAUAGUGACGAAAAUGCAUUGCUUGAACUACUGUUAACGUACAAGGCACUAGGUGAUGAAGAUGCAUUGGGUAACUGCUCUACUUCUGGCUGCGCCCCCUUUAGAGUUAAACAUGGUGAUGAUAUUGAUUUUGAGAGCUCAGAUGGUGAUGACGAUGCUGGUGAUACACAGCCCAACUACGGUGAUUAUGGUGAUGAGAGUUUUAUACGGAACAUAUCAGAGAAGGACAAGAAGAUCAACUCAUUAGUAGAUAUGGGCUUUCCUGAAAACGAAGCAAAUAUGGCUAUUACAAGAUGUGGUGUGGAUGUUGAUCUCUCUGUAUUGGUUGAUUCGAUUAGUGCGUCACUGGCUGCAGGAGAUUUUGACUUAUCUCAUCAGGUUACGAAUAGACGCUCUGACUCCUUUGGAGGGACAACGAAAAUAAGAUUGAUAGAAGAUAGAAAGAAAAAGAGGAAACGGUAUGGAGGUACAGCACAUGGCAAUCAAAUCUUCUUGGAUGGCAGCCAUUAUGAACAUAUGCCUCCCCCAAAUCCAAUGGUUGGAUUUAGCCUGCCCAAUUGUAGCCAACUACCAGUGGACAGAAAAAUUCCUAAAAAAGCUAUCGGGCGACCUUUUUUCUACUAUGAAAAUGUGGCCCAAGCUCCCACAGGUGUAUGGGCGACCAUUUCAAGAUGUCUGUAUGGCAUUCAACCUGAGUAUCUGGACUCAAAGCAUUUGUGUGCAGCUGCAAGGAAAAGAGGCUACAUCCACAAUUUGCCGAUUGAGAACAGAGCACCUCUUCUUCCUCUGCCUCCAAAGACGAUACUUGAGGCAUUCCCUCGGUACAAGAAGUGGUGGCCUUCCUGGGACACAAGAACGCAGUUCAACUGCUUGCGAACAAGUAUGGCAUGUCAACAGCUGACAGGAAGCAUUGGUGCUCUUGCAAGAACAGGGAAUCCACCGCCUCGAAAUAUUCAAAAAGAUAUGAUCAAACAGUGCAAAGAGUACAAUCUUGUCUGGAUAGGAAAGAACAAGGUUGCUGCAUUGGAGCCUGAAGAGAUUGAAUAUCUACUAGGUUUCCCGAAGGACCACACAAGGGGACUCGCCAGCACAAAUAGGUACAAAUCUCUCGGCAACUCGUUUCAAGUUGAUACCGUUGCUUACCACUUGUCAGUACUGAGGGGCAUGUUUCCCAAUGGAGUUACUGUGUUGUCCUUAUUCACUGGUAUUGGAGGAGGAGAGGUAGCUUUGCACAGAUUGGGAAUCCACAUGAAGACAGUGGUUUCUGUUGAGAUAGACAAAGCCAGUAAGAGGAUUUUCAGGCAUUGGUGGGAUCAGACUCAAACAGGCACGCUGAUUGAGUUUGAUGACGUGAAAUCUCUUACUGAUGCUACAGUUGCAUCACUGGUUACUAGAUUUGGCGGUUUCGACUUGGUGAUUGGGGGCAGCCCAUGUAACAAUCUUGCCGGGUGCAACAGAUACAGCCGUGAUGGCUUGGAAGGCAAGGAAUCUGUUUUGUUCUACCAGUACCCCAGAAUCUUGGAGGCCGUCAAGGAAGCUAUGGCGAGGAUGUAG